AUGUCUGACAACUUCGUACUCGACAACAUCGUCGCGGAGGUCACUCCCGAGCAACACAAGCUUCUCGCCGAGCUCUGGGGACGCAUCGAUGUCCUCACCAAUGGCACGGUGCCCGACUACCACUCGUCUUCCUUGAACACAUUGUCCGAGCGGACAGACAUUCCCAUCGACCUGAAAUUCCUCCAGAACAAGCAGAUCAAGCAGACCCUCGAGAAGACCACCCCAGCGGCGUUGCUGUUCGCCUUGCGAGCCAACGUUAAGCAUGAGGACCCCGACACGCUCCUCGUCCGCUUCCUCCGCGCACGAAGCUGGGUCAUCGACAACUCCUUCCUGAUGCUGCUGAAGUCACUGAACUGGCGUGCCGAGGAGAAGAUCGAAUCCGGGCUUCUGGAGGGCGGUGACGCCGCGUUCGACAGACCCGAGGACUACGCGACUGAACCGGAACGCAAAAUCGCCCGAGAGACUCGUGCCAUGACCUCGAGCGGUGAAUCUUUCGUCCACGGCGCCGACAAGAAGGGCCACCCGUUGGUGUACAUUCGGGUCAAAUUCCAUGACCAGUGGGCCCAAGGCAAGGAGGCUUUCCUCCGUGCGACCAUCAUGGAGGUCGAGAGCACCCGCAUGUUGCUGCGCCCACCGAUCACUUCCGUCUCGAUCGUUUUUGACCUGACGGGCUUCGGCCUCCGCAACAUGGACAUGAACGCUCUCAAAGUCAUGGCCAGCGGCCUGCAAGACAACUACCCCGAAUGUCUAGGCUCCGUGUACGUGUACAACGCGCCGUGGAUCAUCAACCGCAUCUGGGGCGCCAUCCAAUUAUGGCUGGACCCCGUCGUGGCCGCCAAAGUCAAAUUCGUGAGCACCCUCGACCAACUCGCCGAGUACAUCCCACGCGAGGACAUCCCCAAAUACAUGGGCGGCGGCGACCCCUGGGAGUGGAAGUGGGUACCACCCGUCCAGCCCAGCCCGCUGUCCGCGGAGGAGAAGUCCUCCCUCGAAGCGGCGAGGGCCGAACGUGUCAAGCAGCUCGAUGAGUAUAUCACCGUGACCAGCGCCUGGUGGAAGCAGUUCAUCGCGGGCGAUGAGGCGGCGGCGGCGGCGUCGCAGAAGCAGCGCCACGAUCUGGCGUUGCAGUUGAGGGACAACUACUGGAAGCUGGAUAAGUAUGUUCGCGGAAGGGUGUGGUUGGACCGAGUGGGGAUUCUCAAGGAGGAUGGUUCAGUGAAUUUGACGCCGAAAUGA